AUGAACGUGAACAUCACUAGCAGCACUAACAGCACCGACAACAUCUUUGGGUUGGAUCCCGGGGCGGGCGACUUUCUGCGUGACUGCGGCAGAGGUGGUCUUCAGGCGCUCGAGAUUGUCGCUAUGUCUGAGAAUGUUUUUUCGCCGAGUUUGAAAGCCGCCGUCGCCGACACCUUGGCCAUCAUUGACAUCACCAAGAAAUUUAAUACUAAUAAGAAAGCCUGGGCUGAGUUCUCGGAGAACCUCAUCGCGCAGGUCGAGAAGAUUAUUCAGUAUACCUGUCAUUAUGGGAAGGAUCACGUUCCGCUUGCUUGGCAAUCGAGUCUUGAGCAUCUCAAAGGCGUUUUGAAUUAUUUAAAAGAAAGAGGCGCAGAUGUUCAACAGUGCAGCCAAUGGAGGAGACUUCCCAGUUUUACAGAGGAUAUGGCAUACAUUGAGGAGUUUAAAAGCAAAUUGAAUGAAGCCAUGGGUGCUUUCAAGGUUCAGGCAUCUCAGAUACUUGAACAAAAUUUAUACAAGACUAGGAUUGAUACCAGCACAGAUACUGAGGCUACAGUAGCCAAACAAUCUAUGAAUCAAGUAAGUGUUUUGGCAGGAGCACAGGAUAUUCAGAUGGAUAAUGCUGUAAUUAUUGCUGCAAAUACUGUCAACUACAAUAAUAAUGGGGAACUUCCAUGCAAAGUCAAUGAGAGGAUGGAAGAAUUAAAGAAAAAUGAAUGGUUGAAAGAAUUGAAGGCUCCAUCACAUAAACAGAGGGAAAGAUGCAUGCCUGGAACUUGUGUGGAUGUGCUCAGAGACAUCCAAGGGUGGCUUUGUGAUCUCAACAUGCCAAAUAUUCUCUGGCUAUCUGGAAGUCCUGGUUCUGGAAAGACAACAAUUGCUUCAACUGUUGUUGCUGACUUUGAAUCUUUCUCUGGGCAAUUCUUCUUUCACCAUGAUCAGGCUGAGUUUUGUGAUCCAGACAAUCUGUGGAGGCUUCUUGCUUUGGAUCUUGCAGUAGGAAACAAUGCUCUAGGGAAAUCUAUAGCUAUGGCAUUAGAGACACAGAAAGCUAACAUCAGAGGUCUUGAUAUUUCUAUGCAAUUUGAGCAUCUCAUUGUUAAACCAGUUCAAGAGCUGUUUCAAGACACUGCAACACCUCUUCUUAUUGUUAUUGAUGCUCUUGAUGAAUGUGACCAGUAUGAGAAGCUUUUACCUUCAUUGAAAUCCUGGUCUUGGCUGCUUCCCAAGUAUCUGAAACUUUUCAUCACGAGUCGUCGCUAUCUUGAUAUUCAGAGAACACUGGAUUCUGUUAGCCAGCAUAUUGAUCUUCAUACUGGAGGCAAAGUUUCUGAUCAGACCUCUAAAGAUCUUGAGCUUUACUUUACUACAAGGUUCUCUAACAUGACUAGAUUGCAAACAUCAUUGCAUGUGAACUGGCCUGGUCCAGAUAAUAUUUCUUUUCUUGUAAGGAAGGCUGCAGGCCUCUAUAUUUGGGCUAAAUCUGCAAUGGACUUUAUUUUGCACAGAGGUGGUGACACUAAAGAAAGGCUGGAUGUCAUUUGCUCUGACUCUGGGGAAGGCAUUCAUGCCAUUGACACCUUGUACCAGCACAUUGUUUUUGUUGCUUUCCAGGGGCUAAGAGAAGCCGAAAAAAAGUCUUUAUCAUCAGUUUUAGGAACAAUUGUUAUUGCAAAGAACCCACUUCGUGCAAGUGAUCUUGAACAGCUUUUGGGAGUUCAAGGUGCAUUGUCAAUAGUUAGCCAACUCAGCCCAGUACUGUUAAUCAGUGAUACUGGCCAUUUGCAUAUCCGUCAUCAGUCAUUUACAGAUUUUCUGCUUGACCGAAAGCGCUCUAAGGCUUUUUGGGUGGAUUCUCAGAAGCAUAGUCUCUGUUUUGCUGGAUCUUGUAUGAAAUAUAUGAGUGCUAAGCUCAAAUUCAACUUUUUUGAUCUGAAAACAUCACAUAUUCUAAAUAAAGAUAUUCCAAAUCUGAUGGACCAUAUCAAAAAUGUGAAAUCUACUGCUCUAGCUCAUGCAAGCCACUUCUGGGCAAUCUAUCUGCAACGGUAUUCUGAUAAAACAUUAGAGGAGGAGAUAUUGGUUCAGAUGGAGAUAUUCUUGAUGAACCAUCUUUUACAUUGGCUAGAAAUUAUGAGCCUAAUGGGGGCUGUAAACCAUGCUGCCCACUUACUGCUGUUGACUGAAAAUUGGUGUAGUGUAUUGAAGCCUAGUAUGUCAGAGUUUGCAAGUGAUGCAAACCAAUUUAUAAUGACAUUCUUUGAGCCAAUAUCUGAUGCAGCACCACACAUUUACAUCUCAGCACUGCCAUUUGCACCACAAGAUUCUAAAAUAUCUAUGCAUUUCAUGAGAUAUUUUGCAAAGACUUUGACAAUUGAGAAUGGUCAAAUUAAACAGUGGCCAGACAGGUGCCUUCUGAGAAUAAAGACUAGGAAUGGUCCACUUGCGUAUUCGCCUGAUGGCAGGCACAUUGUCUCUGGAUUUGUAGGAGCUGUUCAGGUCUGGGAUGCUCUCACAGGCAAUAAUAUCAUUAGUUUAAAAGGCCAUGCUCACUAUAUAAGUUCAGUUGCAUAUUCUCCUAAUGGAAAACACAUAAUCUCAGGAUCUUGGGACAAGACAAUUAAAAUCUGGGAUGCUUUAACAGGCCAGUGUGUCAUGGGUCCUCUUGAAGGUCAUUGUGACACAAUUAGCUCUGUUGCAGUUUCUCCAGAUGGUGGGCACAUUGUCUCUGGAUCUAGAGAUACAACAAUCAGAGUCUGGAAUACUCUGACAGGCCAGAGUGUCAUGAAUCCUCUAACAGGCCAUCACCUUGGUGUUACUUCAGUUGCAUAUUCUCCAAGUGGCAGGCACAUUGUCUCAGGGUCCCUUGAUGGCACAAUCAGAAUCUGGAAUGCUGGAACAGGUCAGUGUGUGAUGGAUCCACUCAUUGGUCACAAUUCCAUAGUCAACUGUGUUGCAUAUUCUCCUAAUGGAAUGAAUAUUGUUUCUGGAUCUGUUGAUAAGACAAUCAGAGUCUGGGAUGCUCUAUCUGGUCAGAGUGUAAUGGUUCUUUAUAGGGGCUCUGAUCCCAUCGGAAGAGUAACUUUUUCUCCUGAUGGCAAGCACAUUGUUUGUGCAACUCAAUACCGCAUAAUUAGAUUCUGGAAUGCUCUGACAAGUGAGUGUAUGUUAAGUCCUCUUGAAGAUGAUGAACACUCAGUUUCUUUUGUGGCUUUUUCACCCAAUGGAAAGCAUAUUAUUUCUGGAUGUGGGAACAAUACAAUCAAAGUUUGGGAUGCUCUGACAGGCCACACUGAGAUAGAUCAUGUAAGAGGCCAUAACAAUGGGAUAAGAUCAGUUGCAUUUUCUCCUAAUGGCAAACACAUUGUCUCUGGGUCUAAUGAUGCAACACUCAGAGUUUGGGAUGCUCUGACAGGUCUAAGUGUCAUGGGUCCACUUAGAGGUCAUUACCGUCAGGUUACAUCAGUUGCAUUUUCUCCUGAUGGCAGAUACAUUGCCUCUGGAUCUCAUGAUUGCACAAUCAGAGUCUGGGAUGCUUUAACAGGUCAGAGUGCCAUGGAUCCUCUCAAAGGCCAUGAUAACGGAGUUAUUUCUGUUGUAUUUUCUCCUGAUGGUAGAUACAUUGCCUCUGGAUCAUGGGACAAGACAGUCAGAGUCUGGAAUGCACUGACAGGGCAGAGUGUCUUGAAUCCUUUCAUAGGUCACACUCAUCGGAUUAAUUCAGUUUCAUUUUCUCCAGAUGGCAAAUUCAUCAUCUCUGGGUCUGAAGACAGAAGAAUCAGAGCAUGGGAUGCCCUGACAGGUCAAAGUAUAAUGAAACCUCUUAUAGGUCAUAAGGGUGGUGUUGAGUCUGUUGCCUUUUCUCCUGAUGGAAGGUACAUUGUGUCUGGAUCUAAUGAUGAAGCUAUCAGAGUGUGGGAUUUCAAUGCAGGACAGAGUGUCAUGGAUCCUCUAAAAGGCCAUGGUGAUGAUGUUACUUCAGUUGCAUUCUCUCCUGAUGGGAAGUACAUUGUUUCUGGUUCAUGUGACAAAACAAUUAGACUCUGGGAUGCUGUAACAGGUCACACUUUGGGAGAUCCAUUCAAAGGCCAUUAUGAAGCUGUUCUAUCAGUUGUUUUUUCACCUGAUGGUAGACAUAUUGCUUCUGGAUCUUCAGACAAUACCAUCAGACUCUGGGAUGCUCAUGGAGGCUGCAUAGACUUAAAUCCCUCAGCUCCUUCAGUUCCAUUGCCAUCCAGAUUUUUGCCAUCUGAAGUCAGAAAUAAUGUUAAUGACAGUGGUACCCACCAUAAUGUAUCCCACAUAGUGAAGAGUAAACCUGUUGUCUUUUAUCCCUCUCAAAGACAUAAAUCUGAUAAUUGGAUCAUUGGAGAAGAUUUCAGAUCACAUCUCUUCUGGGUGCCACCACACAAUAAACAUGGUUUAUUUUUUCCAAGAACAGUCAAUGUACUGGGCACCACUCCAACUAUACUUGAUUUUAGUAACUUUGUCCAUGGUACAAAUUGGAGUCAAUGUUUUUCACCAGCCUUAUAA